UUGUCUUCGUAUUGUUUAACCAUGAAAGGUCAGAAUUUGCUUAUCAAGCCAAACCUCCUAAAUCCUCAAGCCGCUGCUCAGGGCAACGGGCAGUCAACUGGUGAGACCAAGUUUGAAGGUCCUCCGAUGGUGAAUGAGCCUGUCCAGACGGACUGCUUCCGUGGCCGGGCUUUUCAGAGUGAUUCCAUGGGUGGAAAUUAUGCAAAAAUGAUGAAGGAGAAAUACGGAGUUAACGUGUCGGUAGCGCCUCUCAGCGGCAACGGAGCUGUUGUGAACUGCCGUGCUCCAUCUAAGGACCAAGCUGUGGCGGCCUCGAAAGUCAUCUCCAAGAUUCUUGCUGGGUUCCACGUGGAACUCAUUGAAACGACUGAUGAAGUUCUGGACAAGCUCUUUGAUACUACUAUGAAUCCUGACAAGACCAUUGAAGAGAUCUAUAUGCUCGGUCGUGUGUCUCAACUGAAGAACAAGGAGCCUGGUACUACUAUUGCUAGGUCCAAUCCCGACAACUUUGAGAACUCGCAGGUUGGAAUCAUCGUGGAAGAGUCCGUCAGAAAAGAGCUGCCUCGUAUUCGGGGAGAUGUGAUGGACAUUAUACGGAAGUGCUCUUACACGACGGAGACGGUUAAGGUUCCUAGGGCGCAUACGAAGACUUGGGGUGAGACUACUACGACGAGUUUGAAUGAUGCUCUCAACGGCGAAGCUAUGGUCUUUUUCCGAAGAGCCCAGACUAAGGAUGAUGAGAGCUAUUUGGACUUGUGGGGGAGCCCUGAGGGGCGCGAGAGGGCUAAGGAACUUCUGAAGCAGUUCUAUGAGGCAGUGAGCGUAUCGGUUCCCGAGGAAGCCGUCCAACCGAUGCUGCAGGACAGAUGCAAGGUCCUGCAAGAUAUCCAGAGAGAUGCCGCUGUAUCGCUGUAUUACUCUAAGCCUGACUCGGCCGUCUUCAUAUACGGACUGAAAAAGAACAAGGAUAAGGCUGCUGCUGAUUUCAACAAUUUUUUGGAUAACCUACACAAGCAGCUCGCGAAAUACACAAUAAAGCAGAUUGAAUUGCGAUCUGACGAGAUGGGCAUUCUGAUUGGACCUAAGGGCCGAAACAUCAGGCGUAUCACGGAAGAGUCCCUUUGUCAUGACAUUCGUGUUGGUGAGGAUCAGAUUGUCACUAUCACGGGAUUGCCCGCGGCGGUUGAGAAGGCUGUUACUAUGAUCGAGGAGGAUCUAAAUGCUAGAAAGGAUGUUGUCACUGUACAGUCGCCUGGAAAUGAGAAGGAGAACGAGCCAACUCCAGAAGCGAAGUCGUUCUUGUUCGCUCGUCGUGAAGGGGGAUGGGGAGAGAAAGCCCCUGAUGUGGCUAAGGAAGAGCCAGUGGAUUUGAACUCGACCGAUCAGUUCCCGCCACUUGGAGCUCAUCCUUCUGGAAAGCCGAAGAAGGCGAAGUUCCGAAAGAACAAGGCCAACAUGUUGGUGACUAUGACCUUGGAAUUGAUGAAGGAGUGA